UCUAGAUGCUGGAUUUCUUCUACUUGCUAGAUUCCACCGCCACCAAACCCACUCAAUUUCUCCCCGACGUUUGCAAGAAACAAAUAUAGAAAAAGGAAAAAGGGAGGACUAUCAAAUUGCCAAAAUCCAUCUUUGUAAUGAGCUAGUCCAAGGAUAACGCUACAAUGGCUACCUUUUAUCUUUGCUCCUAUCAUCACCGUUUUCUUCCUCCAAAUCCUACUUCCUCAAAAACCUUAUCUCUCUCACAUGGAAAUCCAAGACUCAGCUUCUUAUCACCCAAACACGACAACUCUCCUUGUCGAAUUCUCCGCUCUUCUCCUCCUGCUAACUCCUCCGAUUCUCUUCCUUCCAAUGAUAACUAUUCCAGCAAUUUUUGCAUUAUAGAAGGACCAGAGACAGUUCAGGAUUUUGUUCAAAUGCAGAUGCAAGAAAUUCAGGACAACAUAAGGAGCAGGCGUAAUAAGAUUUUUCUACUCAUGGAAGAGGUAAGGAGACUAAGGGUGCAGCAGCGAAUAAAGAACCUGAAAGUGGUCGAUGAGAGUGGCGAGGAAGAUGCAGAUGAGAUGCCUGAUAUGCCGUCAUCAAUUCCUUUUCUUCCCCAUGUGACACCGAAGACAUUGAGGCAGCUUUACCUGACAAGCUUCUCUUUUAUAUCAGGAAUUAUUUUAUUUGGUGGUCUUAUUGCUCCAACUUUGGAACUAAAAUUAGGUCUUGGGGGCACCUCAUACGAGGAUUUCAUACGCAGCAUGCAUUUACCGUUGCAGUUGAGUAUGGUCGAUCCCAUUGUAGCAUCAUUUGUAGGUGGGGCAGUGGGUGUCAUUUCAUCCUUGAUGUUAAUUGAAGUUAACAAUGUUGAGCAGCAAGAGAAGAAAAGGUGUAAAUAUUGCCAUGGAACUGGAUACUUGGCCUGUGCUCGGUGUUCUGCUAGUGGUGUUUGCUUGAGCAUUGAUCCCAUUUCACUAACUAGUGCUUCUGAUCGUCCAUUACGAGUGCCCGCGACUCAAAGGUGUCCAAACUGCUCUGGUGCAGGAAAGGUGAUGUGCCCUACAUGCCUGUGCACUGGGAUGGUGAUGGCAAGUGAACAUGACCCGCGAUUUGAUCCAUUUGAUUAAGGGUGGUCAACAGCUUCAUACUUGGAAAUGUAAUAAUUAAUUUUCUAGUUUGUUUAUGACUAGAUUUAUCAGAAAAUAAGAAAUUGCUUGGUGAAACAUUCUCUCUCGCAGACAAAUGCACCAUUGAGAAAGGUGCCAACAGAGCGUCCAAAAGCAAAAAAAGCCGUUAUGUAAGAAGCUGGCAAGUUAGACUUGUAGAAACCUGUUUGUGCAAUCAUCUUUCAUAUAGUAUCCUGUAAAAUGCAGAUUUGAUGUUCGGUUUGUAUCAAUGGAAUGGGGACACACCCUUGUGGAGGAAA